AUGCUUUUAAAACAACCUACUCCCCUCCUCGCACUCGCUCUUCUUGCUGACCUCUCAUGCGCGACACGAGUUAGCUUUAUAGGGCGCCGAAUCCCGCCUGAGCUCCGUGGCCGCGUGCCACGGUCAACUCUUUCUGGCUCCUCGCCAGUUGACAAUUCUGCCGACCUGCAGUACUCAACGAACAUCACCAUAGGUGGUGCUCCAUUCGAGGUUCUAAUUGACACCGGAAGCUCAGAUCUAUGGGUGGCUGGCACUGUUGCCUCUGGCACUUCCACUGGCAAAGCUGCAACGAUCAACUACGCUUCCGGUGGCGCUUCUGGCCCAGUCCAACUCGCUUCAGUUGGAUUUGCGGGGUACACCAUCCCCAAGCAGGCUUUUAUUCAAGUCGUUCCCGACAAAGACCACCCGGUUGGUCAAGGCCUUAUUGGCCUCGGACCCUCUGAGGGAUCCGUUAUUCACCAAGCUUUCGAAGCUGCGGCCGACGAGCACACUGGUCACACAGUGCUCGAUAACAUCUUCCUGCAAAACACUGCUACCCCCAACUAUAUCACCUUCCUCCUUGGCCGUUUGAAUGACCCAUCAGGCUCGUUCCGUGGUGACCUUACCGUUGGUGAGGUACUCACGGUCCAGAACAACACCAACCUCUCAGCCAUUCUCGAUGCACCGAAGCUUAAAGUCACUGAAGUCUCGCUGGCCAACUCUGCCAACCAACACUUCCAAGUUCUGCUGGAUCCGCUUGGCUUUAUUGGCCCUGACGGCAACCCCAUCCCUGUCGUUACCCAGGUCAGCUCGACAUCGAACAAGAAACAGGCCACUGUUAUUAUCGAUACCGGGUUCUCUCUGCCACAGGUGCCAGCUGCUGUUGCCAAGUCGUUGUACAGCCGGUUCCCUGAUUCGUCGCUCGUCAAUGAUCCUGCCGUCGGUAAAAUCUGGUACCUGCCUUGCACCCAGGAAGUGAAUGUGACGCUCAAAUUCGGCGGCAUCGGUUACCCCGUCCACCCAAUGGACUCGUCCAUCGAUCCGAAAGUGUUCGGCCUCAGCCCUCGCAAGACGGCUGGUGGAAAGAACGCGUGUCUGGGGCUGUUCCAGCCCGUCUCCUUCGACACUGGCAAGAACCCAACUUUCGACAUGAUCUUCGGAAUGGCCUUCUUGAGAAACGUCUACACCUUGAUCGACUUUGGUGACUUUAUUGCCGACAGCAAAGAUAAGAAGGCCGACCCCUACAUCCAAUUCCUUUCCAUCACCAACCCUGCCAAGGCUCACGCUGACUUUGUCCGCACCCGUCUCGGCGGCAUCGACACGACGACGAGUUUUGCGGCCAACGACUCGAAUAAGAAAGACAACAACAGUACCGAUACUAACCGCACGAUCUAUUACCUCAUUGCUGCUGGCAUCGUCAUCGGUUUUGCUCUCAUUCUCCUUGGGGUCUUCAUCAUCCGCAGACGGAGAUCGUCGAAAGGUUCCUACAAGCCACUCCAUCUGCCUGGAGCCGCGCCAGGCGGCGGUGCCCCUCCGAUGUACCAAACGCAGCCAAUGUAUCAACAAACUCAACCUUACGGCGUCCAUCCACCUACCUACAACCCAGACCGCCCUUAUGACCCCCCCACCGAGCACGUGCCCUACCACAAUCCGUUUGAAGGACCACGUCGCUAA